AUGCGAAAGUUUUGGAAUGCAAAACCUUCAUACAUUAUGGAAGUUCCGAAAAAUCAGGUGCCUAGAAUGAGAGGUGCGUUUGACCAAAUUAUUCACAACUUGAUAGACGAUAGAGGUGAUGGUGCAGAAAGAAUUCCACCAACAACAUCAAACAUACGACGCAACGAAGCAAAUCGUCCAAUUAGGCAGCGUCGUCGAAGACAAGAGGCCCAGGAUGAUGACGUUGAGCCUACUGAGCAUGCACAUAUGGAGGAGGAUUAUGUUGCACAUGCUGCCGAUACUGAUGAUAUUCAUGAUGCUUCUGCACAUGUUGAUGAUUCUGAUGAUGCUGCUGAUAUUGAUGAGCGGGAUCAGCAGAUCGGAUUUCCCGGAGGACCGAUGGUGACACGUGUGUUGACACAAUAUGAGCAUCAUGUGGCUCGGAGGCUAUGGGAAGGAGAGGAUCGUGGAUCAUUAAAAGUUAUUACUCACGGAUUGAAGCUGAAGAAGUUUACCGAAGUUCCUGUGUCAGAUCCUGUAGAGCAUUGGAUUCAGGAAUCUGGGUUGAUGCAUCUAUCUUCAGGCUACCUCAGUAUGGCUGAUGCUGGUAUGAUAUCCGCAUUUAUUGAAAGAUCGCACAGAGAGACCAGCUCAUUUCAUUUGCCAUUUGGAGAGAUGACUAUCACUUUAGACGACGUCGCGAAUCUCCUUCACAUCUCACCACAUG